AUGUUUAGAAAUAUUUUAUUAUUAGCAUUAGCAAUUUCCAUUGUAUCUGCAUAGGACGAGAAGUAUGACUUGUUAGCUAACUUAUCUUUAGGUUUAGAUGAAAAAUGGGAAAAGAUCGCAAGCAUUGAAUUAAAUAUAAAAUUGGGAAGUGGAUAUAUUAUUACUGAUAAUCUCCAAUUAAUUCCUAGAGAAGUUAUUUCUUAGGCAAAUAACAGCACCAGGUAUCUUCAACUUAAGUUAGUUUCUUAAAAGUACCCAGAAUAGCCUGAGUUGUUAACAACAGUUGACUUGGUUUAGAGCUUCCCAAACAAAUAAUUUAAGGAAGUAGUAGAAAUAAAUGUUGAUGAGGAUGGAAAUAUUAAUUCUUUUUCUUAUUUGGUGAAAAAUAUCGAUGAAAAAAAAAAUAAGAAGAAAUCAGUAACCACAGACGAUAAAGACAUUGAUGAAGAUUUCAAAGUUUACAUCACCAAGACUACCCAAUCUUUAUCCUCUCACUAUCAACCUCCUAAAACUAAUACUAAGCAAAAACCAAACCAAGGAAAUUAACAAGGAUAAAAUCAAAAUCAAGAACAACAACAAUAAUAGCCUGAGUAAGAAGGAGGAAUCAUGGGUUUCUUGAAAAAUAACUUCUGGUAUAUUGUCAUUGGUUUAAUUGUUUUCUAAUUCAUGUCUGGAGUAGCCGAUCCAAAUGCUGCUUAGGGCUAAGGAUAAGGAUAAGCUCAGAGACCUGCUUAAAGAUGA